AUGUACGAGCUGAGGAAGAAGUGGUCUAGGGCCUAUACGAAAGGUAGAUAUUUCCUUGGCAUGCAGAGCAAUCAGCGUAGCGAAAGCCUAAACUCUAGGCUUCAUAAGAAUCUGGAUAGGAGAAUGUCACUUGUUGAUUUGCUAGAGCACUCAGAUCACUGUUUAUCGCGUAUCCGCAAGAAUGAGGCCGAGUUGGAUGCUACAGCUUCACUGACAGUACCUUUUACUGAAUUAACAGCUGAUCCACUUGAGAGAAGUGCUGCUCUCAUUUAUACUCCAGUGAUGUUCAAGAAGGUAAAACAUCAAAUCAUGCAGUUGUCAAAAUGGGAAGUAGCAGAAGUGACCAAGAAUGAUGCUUUUGUUCUGUAUACAGUUGCUCGCAAAGGGAGUAGGCAUGUGACGUAUGAUGUGAGGUUUGUCAUGGCAGGCCCGUUGCUUCAGAGUGUGAAUUGCCGUUGUCUGAAGAUGGAAUCGGAGGAGAUCCCGUGCGCUCACAUUUUUUCUGUUCUAAAAUACCUUGGCUUAGUCAGCAUUCCUAGGUGUUGUGUCUCAACAAGAUGGACGAUGGCAGGCAAGUCCGCAUUUGACUCAGAGAGGAAUGGUAAUAUGCAUGAAUGGUUUGAGCGGAUGGAUCGUUACCAUGAACUCCGCAACAUUUGUAGUCCGUAUUUAUUCAAAGCUUCAAACAGCCAGGAGACAUCACAGAAGGUGGUGGAUUUUCUCAAGGGUAUUAUAGCUGAAGGCGGCGAAGAUGAUGGGAAAAAUGAGGCGGCAUCACUGGGCCCUCUUCCAGCAUAUUUUUCAGGGUCAAGCCAAGCAUGUCCAGGAAAUGUCCGGAAUCCAAAAAUAAUUAAACCGAAAGGUGCUCCAUCCAAGACAUCCAACAAGAGGUGGAAACCGUUUAACGAGAUUUGGAAUGAAAAAAAUGUUCUGAAGAAGUGA